AUGGCUGGAUACCAAGCCAAAAAGAUAUUGGUUGCCAACAGAGGUGAAAUCGCCAUCAGAAUAUUAACUGCAGCCACAGAGCUUGGAUUCGAGACUGUCGCUGUAUUCUCAGACCCUCAAGAUACAUCCCACUGCGAUGCAGCACAUAUCUCUAUAAGGAUUCGUAGUGCCGCCUCCUUCCUUGACCCAAAAGAGAUAAUAGAAGCCGCCAAAAGUGUAAAUGCCUAUGCCAUCCAUCCAGGAUAUGGGUUUUUGUCAGAAUCGGCCGAAUUUGCUAACCAAUGCCAAUCACAAGGAAUACUUUUUAUUGGUCCAUCCCCAGGCUGUAUUAAAGCAGUAGGUGAUAAGAUAUCAGCUCGGCAAGUCGCAAUUGCAGCACAUGUUCCUGUUAUACCUGGAACCGAGCACUCGUUAUCCACUCCAGCUGAAGUUUACACAUUUGCAGAAAGAGUUGGCUAUCCAGUGAUGUUGAAGGCGCGCGAUGGUGGAGGUGGGCGUGGUAUCCGAAUGUGUCUUGGGCGUGAAGAUGUCGAGGAUGCAUUGAAGAGGUGUAUCAACGAGUCACCUUCCAAGCAAGUGUUCUCUGAAAAAGCAAUACAAGGUGCAAAACACAUCGAAGUUCAGGUAAUGGGUGAUCGACACGGAAAUGUCAUCCAUUUAUUCGAAAGAGACUGUUCGGCCCAAAGACGCUACCAAAAGGUUUUAGAGGUGGCCCCUUGCCCAUCACUUAACAAGGACCUAGCCAAAGAAAUCCAUGCUGCUGCAAUUCGAAUUUGUAGACACAUCAAAUACGAUUCAGUGGGAACAGUUGAAUUUCUCGUUCAUCCAGAUUCCAAUAGUUUUUAUUUUCUUGAGGUCAACCCUCGCAUCCAAGUCGAGCACACCAUCAGCGAACAGAUUACACAUGUUGAUAUUGUCCAGACUCAAAUCAAAAUUGCACUUGGCCAAAGUCUUGUACAGAUGGGAUUAAAUCAAGAUACUAUCCAGCCGAGUCGCUUAGUAGCAAUCCAAGCUCGAGUAGUAGCCGAGAAUCCUAUGCAUAAUAAUAUGCUCUCGGUUGGAAAGAUAACCGACCUUCGUUUCCCAACCGGUCAUGGUAUCCGUGUUGAUACUUGGGUCAAAUCUGGAGCUACAGUAAUUCCGACUUUUGAUUCAUUACUAGCCAAGGUUAUUGUCACUGGACAAUCUUUUGACGAUGCCCUUUCCAAGCUGGAUAAUGCUCUCAAGAACACAGUAAUUACCGGAGUUAAUACCAACAUUGAUUUCUUACGCGCAUUAUUAUCAGACGCUGAUUUCUUUGAAAAUUCCAUGUCUAA